UAGUCAAGUGUGGGUAAAAUUGCAAUAUUCGAAUGUUAUUUUUAGUGCUUUAUUACCAUGGUGCAUAAUUACAAUAUGGGUAAUCACUAAUUGGGGAAAUACGGUGAAAGUAGACGAAAUGCUGCAGACGGAAUGAAAGGAUGCGAGGCGUUUUCUGCUUUGCAAUGCACGAAACAAAAUGCUGCAGGAUUUGUAAUAUUAGUUCAAAAUGGCAUGUGAUCAGUGAUCAGUUACAGCUACAGGAGGCAACAUGGAACAACUACUGUGAGAAUACUAUGUGUCAUUUCUUCUCGAUUCUAGCGGUUCUCGAUAUAUUCACAUUUCUAUAUUAAGAGUGACUUGGAAAGAGGUCCAAUAUGCCUGAAAAAAGACUUUGGUCGAAGGUUGUUUUCAUUUGGGCUGGAAUUUCCUCGUGCGUGGUGUUUUGGAAGAUAGCUCAAUGUCAUCGUGCUUCACCAGGAGUGUUUCCGGUAAACGACGUUUACACUUCGAAUACCCAGAACUGUAGUAGAUUUUCAUACCCAAUCGAUCAACUUCCUGCGACAGACUACAAUCGACUUAUUAACAUAGAUUUUAUUUUUUCUAUACUUAAUUUAGUUUGUAAUGAAUCCAAACCUUUACUGGUAAUAUUAGUCCAUUCCUCGCCGGAAAACUUCGCUAAAAGGAAAACGAUUAGAGAGACGUGGGGAAAAAACGAGGAAGAUGUCAAAAUCUUGUUUAUGCUUGGGUCCGUUAAUUCAAGUGACCUACAGAAAACUUUAGAGGAUGAAAAUAGAUCGCAUAACGACUUCAUUCAGGGCAACUUUUUAGACACGUACCGAAAUAUUACUUACAAACAUGUGAUGGUUUUUAAGUACGUUAUUUAUCAUUGCCCACAGGCCAAAUAUAUCCUUAAGACAGACGAUGACGUAUUUGUUAACAUACCAACGAUGAAAAGAUUUCUCACAGUGGAUCUGUCACCUUAUGGUGCUAAUAAAGUAUUGUUUUGUGUGCCAGUAAUGAAUGCGAGAGUUAAAAGGUCUUAUCGCUCAAAAUGGAGAAUUCCAUUUUCCGAAUAUCCAAGUGGGAAUUACCCAACCUACUGUUCGGGUUGGACCAUCCUCUAUUCCCCAGAUGUAAUAUUUGCUUUAUAUAAAGGGGCGCAAAAUGCAGAUUAUUUUUGGAUAGAUGAUGUUUACAUAACGGGGAGGUUAAUCGAAAAAGUCCAGUUAACUCACGUAGAUAUUGAACGUCUCGUGAUACCUCCAAAAGAGUUAGGUUAUAUUGUUAAGGAUUAUUCUUACAAUGUAUCUAAGCCAUUUCUAUUUGGAGGAGCUGAUCUAAAAGAAAAAGAAAUUAGAGCCCUAUGGAAGUUUGUUUCUACACAUCCUGCGCCCAGAUCUAUAUUCAAGAAACUUUAGUAAAUAGUUUUUUCUAUCAGAUGAAUGUCGUAUGAAUUUGACAAAAAUUAUCACGGAAAUUCACAAGCUGUAAUAAAUUGCAACAAAUAAGAACAACUGGAAAUUCUGCCAAAUUUUGUUGCCUUGAUAUUUGAAGAAAUUACAUUAUUACCUACAGUAUAAGUACCUGAUUGUGAGAAUUUCAGACUUUUUGUGUUUACCUGACGUAAGACGAAGGAGGAAUUAGUAAAAAUUAAGUAAAGUAAAGUUUUACAAAAAUGUUAUGUUAUGUAAAGUUAUGUUUAUGCUUUAUAUUUGUAAUUAAAAAUAAACGAAAGUAUAUUCCUUUA